CUCUUCUUCUUUACACCUUCCUUCGUUAUCAUCUCAAAUCAGGGUAUGGUAUGGUAGUUUGUGAUUUGUGGGAGCAUACUCUCGCUCACAGAAAAUCACCCAAUUCCACUCAACAACAUUCCAGCGCUUUCAUGGAGCUCAGCUUGGACUUGAGUUUGGGCUUUGUUCCCAAACCCAUUUCCCUCUUUUUUGCCGAUGUUUCUGGCAACAGAGACAAGACCGACAAAGUUGCCACGCUCGACGGCUUCGUGCAGAGGUUGGAGGACGAAUUGAGGAAAGUUGAGGCCUUCAAACGCGAGCUUCCUCUCUGUAUGCUCCUCCUAAACGAUGCUAUCGCCAGAUUGAAGGAGGAAAAAGUAAAGUGUUCAGUACUGCAAGAUCCGCCUACCAAUGAACAGUUUGUGCCACCGAAAACCAAUUCUGGGGGAAGCGAAAAUGAAAAAUGUGAGAAGAAGAAUUGGAUGAGUUCAGCUCAGCUUUGGAGCACUCAGAAAAUCAAAUCGACGAAUGAGGACGGUGACAGGUCUGUGCCACAGAAUCCAAUUAAUGGGAAUUGGUGUGCCCCGAGGAAGGAGAGUUCACAAAUUCCGAGCUUUAGUUUGAUGGGUCACGCAUCUGAACUGAGUCAUAGCAAUUCCAAGAGUGUAUGUGGAGAUACUAGUUCUGGCUCUUCUUUGCUUCGUGUUGAGGUACAGAGCCAGCCCCAACCGCCGCAACAUAUGCAGCAGAAUUCAAGGAAACAGCGGCGGUGCUGGUCACCGGAGCUGCACCGGCGUUUUGUGGAUGCUCUUCAACAACUUGGUGGAGCACAAGUGGCCACCCCUAAACAGAUUAGAGAACUGAUGCAGGUGGAUAGCCUGACAAAUGAUGAAGUGAAAAGCCAUUUGCAAAAAUACAGGCUUCAUGUUAGGAGAUUCCCAGUUUCAUCAGUUGGGCAGGCUGAUAAUGGGUCAUGGAUGGGACAAGAUGAAUGUGGGGAUAAAUCAAAGGGAAACUUGUCACAGUCUGGUUCUCCUCAAGGUCCUCUGACACCUCUCCUGCUAGGAGGAGGAGGGUCUGCUAAGGGUAUCUCAAGCCCUGGACGGAACAGUGUGGAUGCAGAAGAUGAGCAAUCAGAUUGCAGGAAUUGGAAAGGAGGGCUGCACCAGCACCUUGAAGCUGAUAACCAGAGCCUCUAAAAUUUUGCAGAUAAUGAGAAUAAAAUACAUAGACGAUGAAGACCCUGAAUUUGACAACAUAAGAAUAAUAGAUCUAACACAUAGAACAAUAGGGAUCAACUUUAUCCUACCAUUAUUUUAAACUGUUUGGUAGAGAGCCAAUGAGGUUUUUUUGCAGAUUUUUCAAGUUUCUUUUUCUUCUUUAAAACUCGGUAUAGUUUGUAUGGAGCUUUAAUUUUAAUGGGCAAUUUUCAUAGAUCAAA